AUGACCAACUUUAAGAGUAGUGCCGACAGAAGAGCCGACUCUGUCGACUAUGAAAAGAACAACACUCGUGUGGUUUGCUUGGAAGUGAACACUGCCGCCAAAUGGGAUCCAUCCGACAUUGGCCGCUUGAUUGUAGAGUUUCACGAACCAGACCAUCCAACAAACCAACUCGAAUCUCUCUUUUAUCUUAAUGGAAUGCAAUUUCAAUUGGAUAGGAUCUACAAGUCUACCACGACAGUCAAGGAGAGAAAGAGUGCCGACAGAGUAUUGCUCGGAGACCACGAGGUCAGUUACAACUUUUUUGUACUCCUGUUUUACUUUCAACGUGGUCGUAGUUUGUACACUCGUGCCAUUCUUGGACCAAAUCAAAUCUUGGAUGGUCCAGCAGACGUCUACACCCAACCAUCGGCAGUAUCACCAGAGAGACUCAAUGUACUCCACAACUAUACGCUCGACAAUACCGUCUUGAUCGACAGUCGUUGUCAAUCGACCAAUUGCCGCGGCCAAUUACAGUGA